AUGGGAAAAACUGUUGAUAAAAGUUGGGCAUCAAUGAAAGGUGGAAAACCAAUUGAAGAUCCAAAAGAAUUACUUGAAAAUUAUCCUAAAGGAAAAGCUUAUCUUCAUCCUUUAGGAGGAAGUGAUGAAGUUAGUGGAAGUCAUAAAGGUUAUUGUUUAUCAGAAUUCGUUGAAAUUAUGAGUAGUUGUUUAAGUAUUGCAAACUUCUUAAAUCACAUUGAAGAAGAAAAAGAAAAGUCAGGAAAGUUUUCUUUGGGUCAUUUCUUUAUUGCAAUUAACGUCGAAUGUUUCAGAGAUUUGAAUGAAUUUAAGAAAAACGUCGGUGACAUUAAUCGUACUCUUAGAAACACUGACAAACUCCCUGGUCAUGAUCGUAUUUAUACUGCUGGAGAAAAGGAAUAUGAAACAGAACAAAAACGAAGAAAAUUCGGUGACGACUUACCUUUAGUCACUAUCAAUGAAAUGAAGGAACUUUCUUCUUUUUAUAAUGUCCCUCUUCCUUUUUAA